AUGAUGUCGUGGUUUGGUGGCAGCUCAACUCCGGCUGAAACUUCUCAGCCAGUAGAACAACAACAAAAUGAGCAAGAAGACUUGUCCAGUCAACUCUACAAUCAACCGGUAUUGGCGUUGGAUCGUAUCAAGCACUCAGGAGUUGCGCUCAAAACACAAAUGACACCCUAUUUGCAGGUCAGUUUGAAAUUGUUAUAGUGUUUGAAGGAAAUUGAAAAUUUAAUUUUUGUGUUGUAAUUUCUGUAAGAUACUCUAUAUUUAUCAUUCAGCUUGAUAUGUUAUUGUUUGAUAUGACUUUAAGAAUUUUUGUUUGAUUUUUUGUUAAAACAUUUUUUUUGUAUUUCAGAUGGACCCCAGCAUGUUUAAAGCUUCACAACCAGAAUACAUAAUGCCUGAGGGUAACGAGCACGGUAAAGGAAAGUUUGAGUUUGCUUUGGGACACAUUGGAUGGGCAGUAGCAGGAGGAUUCGCAGUGGGAUCGUUGCGCGGUUUUGUCCCAGAAAUUAUGAAUCCCGACACAAGGCAAUUGGUAGGUAUACUGUAUUUACGGCUUUAAAUAACUCAGUAUUAUAUAAAAAUGAUAAUAUGCUGACGUGAGUCAUAAAAACUCUGUCGAAAUAUUUUAAAUUAAAUUUUUUUGAUACAAGAUGUAGCAUGCUAUAGCAUUGUGUGUUUAUCACAAACAUUUCAGCGUGGUAAGCCGUGGUUAACCCGUAUGGUUAACGCGACAGUAAAACACGGUAGCGGCUACGCUCAACCGGCUGGCGCUGCCGUCUUCAUGUUUUCGGUACUGGAAAUCGGGCUGAAGAGUGCUCGAGCUGACGACGAUCUUAACACUUUGGGAGCCGGUGCCUUGGCUGGAGCCAUCUACCGAAGCCCAUACGGUACCCGUGCCGCAGGCAUGGGCGCUCUCAUGGGCCUUUUAAUGGCUACCACUUGGGUUCUUGUGAAUCCGGACAGCAGAGGAAGAAUCCGCGAAAUGGUCAGCUUCGCCUAG